AUAGUGUGAUAUCAAACUUCUGGUUGUGUCGUUAUUCGUUAAUGCCUUUCAUAAAAAUCUCAAAUCUGUAAGUCUGUUACUGUCUAUUAUACUCUAUAGCUGUUGUCCAGUGCUCCAGUCCUGUGCGGUGUACAGUUUAUGGAUUCACGUCAGACGUGUUAAAUGUUAAUAGCCAUUUCGUAACUAUCAACAGAAAAUAUUAUGUCUAAUCAAAAAUGGACCGAAGGUCUAUCCGAUGAACGGAUUACAGUUUUAAUGGCGCCAUUCAAAAAUCGGUCUGUAAACGAAGUGAAUUAUGACAACAAAAUGAAAUUCUGGAAAAAUACAAUUGUAUCUGAGUGUGACCGUAGGCACCGUUGUUCAUUUUCUGUAAACGAAUUGAAAACAUGGUUCUUGUUCAGAGGACGAUCACCACUAUGUCUACUGAUAGUUGUCGAGGAUAUGUUUAGAGAAGGAAUCAUAAAAUCCCAAUCAAAUUUUGAACAAAUGACGUCUCAAAGCAACAGUAAUUGGUCAACUUGGGCAGUAAACACAUUAGUAAAAAGUCCAUUGUCAUGGUCUGUUGGUAGAAUUAAAGAAUCGAUUUUAUCUCCAACUCCUGCUAUUGACGAAAAAUCAGAAUAUGUAGUUUUACAUUUGGUUGAGAAUCAAGCUAAUGAACUAUUUAACAUUAUUUCUGUGAAUGAUCAAUCGCAAAUCCUUUUCAUGGACGAUAUACAAAAAAGACUUAAUAAAAUGUGGAACGCUGAUGUGUCAAUGACUUCUACUGAACUUAUAGUGCACUCAUUGGAAAUUCGGAAUAAAGUUUUUGUAGAACGCGGUGAACAUCUAGUGACCAACAAAACAUUAGUUAAAAUUGCAAGUGGUGACAAAGAUGUUGAACCUAUUUCUGAAUUAGAAAAGAAUUUUUUUAAAUUAAAAGAAACCGAGAAAAUAUUAAUUGGUGAAAUUAGCAAUAUGGAUUUUGAAAAAGAAUCCUUAGUCAAAGAAGCUAAAAGUUACAUAGCCAAAAAUAUGAAGCCUAUUGCACUAACAUACCUGCGAAAAAAGAAAGAAAUUGAAAAACGAAUAGAAAAACAGCUGAAAUCACUUGACAAUGUGCAAGCCUUAAUUUCAAGAAUAGAAGAAUCUAAAUACAACGCUGAAGUAUUGCAAUCGUAUGCUCAUGGACUUGCAGCUUUAAAACUUUCAUCUAAAGAUUCUGGUCUCACAAUUGAUAAUGUUGAUGAAACAAUGGCAGAAUUAGCAGAAGUCAUAGACGAACACAAAGAUAUGCAAUCAGCAAUGGGUAGUUUAGUCGAUGUUAAACAAAAGUAUAACGAACAAGAAUUAGAAGAUGAACUGGCUGACCUUUUGAGUAAGGAUGAACCAGCCGCAUCAAACACAGGAAAAUAUCUCAUUCCAGACCUACCAAGUGUACCGGACAACAGUUUGGAAGGUGAAGAAUUGGAUCUCGACCGGAGAUUCCAGUUGUUGAGAGAACAUUAAGUAAAUUAAUCAAGAAAAUAAACGAUUCUAAAUAAAUACAAUAUAUUAAUGUAUAUCAUAAUUUUAUAUAUUUACUUACAUUAUAAAUAAUUUAGCCAAACUGCUAAUAAUGUACAAAUGUUAUUGUGGUAAUUUGCUAUUUUUUUUACAAGAAAAAAAAUACAUUGUUGAUAAAAUAUACUCACAUUUUUAAAUAAUUAAAAUAUUUAUCAUGA